AUGCCACAAACAGACAAACAAGUAUGCAUCCCUCCGGAGCUUCCAGAUUUGUUGAAGCAGUUUACAAAAGCUGCCAUUCGGACACAGCCUCCAGAUCUGAUCCAAUGGUCUUCUGACUAUUUUAGUGCUAUGGCCCGUGGAGAGAAUCCUCCUGUAAGAGAACGACCAGAUAGAGUCCCUUUAUCAAACUGUGCAGAGCUUACACCAGAGCUCUUGAAGGUCUUACACCAGAGAGUGGGCGGGAGGCUGAUAAUCCACGUAGAUGAGCUAGCCCAGAUGUGGAAGGUGCUCAAUCUUCCUACAGACCUAUUUGACAGUAUUAUGAACGUUGGACACUUUACUGAAGAAAUUGAAUGGCUCAAGUUUUUAGCUCUGGCCUGCAGCUCUCUUGGAGUUACUAUUGCAAAAACUCUGAAGAUAAUAUGUGAGGUUUUAUCCAAUGAGAAUGACAGUGGACCCGCCCGAAUCCCCUUCAGCACUUUCCAGUUUCUCUACACUUACAUCGCUGAAGUGGAUGGGGAGAUUUCAGCAUCUCAUGUUAGUCGAAUGCUGAAUUAUAUUGAGCAGGAGAUCAUUGGGCCAGACGGCUUGAUCAAGGUGAAUGAUUUUACCCAGAAUCCGCGGGUCAGGUUGGAGUAGUUCUCAGUACAUCAUACACUGCUAUGUUGAUAGGAAGAAGACGAAACAGAGGA